UCACUGACGCUAGUGGAGUGAAAGAGUGGUCAGGAACGAGUGAGUUUGAGUGCACACGCUACAGAGAGUGUUCCCGAUCUAACCUGUCUUUUCAUACUUUCAUACAGUCUCACACCGACACGAGAGAAAAAUAACAGGUGCAGCCCCUCAGAUGUGCGGGAACCUUCAGACACAAGAACACAGAGAAGAUAGACAGAACCAUACACUGUGUGCACAAUUAUUAGAUUUUCAGAUGCAUACUGGGAUGAAAACUCUGGCGAUGAUGAUGAUGAUGAUGAUGUCGUCAUAUUCAGCACUUUCAGAUCAAAGUUUAAAGUGUUAUAAUGAUUAUUACAACACCUUCACAUGUGUUUGGGACACCUCAAAUCUGGACGUGAUCCCUCCGAUCCGACCCGAGACCGAAUGCUGGAUUACAGUAUCAGUUGAGAAGAAGUCAACUCGUUUGAGUAAUUUGGAGAAAAAGGAAGCGGCUUUGAUUGCAGACCCGAUGCAGCCUCACAUACGCUCUGCAACCGUGGUCUUUCAAAGCAAGAGAGGUAUAAUUAUUUCAGUAGCCGAAUUGCAUGAAGAAGUCCGGUGUAAAAACUACACGAAUCCUGUGGCUGAAAUAGCAAAACAUAAAGCAGAAGUUAGUGCUGUGAAAGUGGCUCCUCCUCAGAAAGUGGACGUUCACGGGGGCAAUGUUUCUUGGAGUUGGGAUUCUUUAAAACCCUUUUUAGAUGCUGAGUUUGGGGUCCAGUACAGAUCUGCUGCUCAGAGCUGGAAGGAUGUGGAGGAGAUUAUCAUAAAAACUACAGAACCUGAAUUGGAGCUGCCAAAGGACAAUUUACUCUUAAAUCAUCAGUAUGUGAUCAGGGUGAGAGUCAGGUAUGAUCUGCCCAAUGCUGUGUGGAGCGACUGGAGUGAAGAGUACAGCUGGACGUCUGAUGUGGGUCAGACACCCCAAACAGCAGGUUUAAAGUGUUAUAAUGAUUAUUACAACACCUUCACAUGUGUUUGGGACACCUCAAAUCUGGACGUGAUCCCUCCGAUCCGACCCGAGACCGAAUGCUGGAUUACAGUAUCAGUUGAGAAGAAGUCAACUCAUUUGAGUAAUUUGGAGAAAAAGGACGCAACUUUGAUUGCAGACCCGAUGCAGCCUCACAUACGCUCUGCAACCGUGGUCUUUCAAAACAAGAGAGGUAUAAUAAUUUCAAUAGCCGAAUUGCAUGAAGAAGUCCGGUGUAAAAACUACACAAAUCCUGUGGCUGAAAUAGCAAAACAUAAAGCAGCAGUUAGUGCUGUGAAAGUGGCUCCUCCUCAGAAAGUGGACGUUCACGGGGGCAAUGUUUCUUGGAGUUGUGAUUCUUUAAUACCCUUUUUAGAUGCUGAGUUUGGGGUCCAGUACAGAUCUGCUGCUCAGAGCUGGAAGGAUGUGGAGGAGAUUAUCGUAAAAACUACAGAACCUGAAUUGGAGCUGCCAAAGGACGAUUUACUCUUAAAUCAUCAGUAUGUGAUCAGGGUGAGAGUCAGGUAUGAUCUGCCCAAUGCUGUGUGGAGCGACUGGAGUGAAGAGUACAGCUGGACGUCUGAUGUGGGUCAGACACCCCAAACAGCAGGUAACACACACCUGUCUGACAUCAUCGUGUAGAGGAUUUGUCUUAGUGGGUUUGUGUGAUGCAGAUGCAGUCACAAAGGACCACUUCCUGUUUCUUUUCACUAAAAUUCUACCAUUCAGUUUACAUGGAACGACUCUAAACUAUAUGUUUAGAAAAUGAUUCCUUUCAGAUGAGAUGACUUAUAACAUUCUUCUCCCUGAAUAUUAUCGUAAUAUAUCAUUUCUAUUUGUAAGAUGUUUGGCAGCAGGGACAUUAAGGCUAAAAUGAGACCGAAACAAGUAAAACGUUCUUUUGAGUUGCUUGCACUUAUCACAGUUAUUGGCUUAUUGUUUAUUAUAUUUUUUAAGGCUGCUCCGAUCAUGAUCGACCGAUCAUUAAUGCGCAUCUCGUCAGUAAAGCCGGUUCUCUAA